AUGCCGAUGGUGGUCCCACCGCCGAACGCAAACUGUGAGCAAACGGGCUACCCCGCCGACCUGAACGGGCCGUGCCCGCCGGAGCUCCGAGUCGUCGUGGCCCACGUGAAGGUGGCAUGCUUGGACCUGGAGUGCAUGCGAAACGUUUGGGGUGGAGGCGUACUGCUGCAGCAGCGCCCACGACACGCCGGCGUUGUGUGCUCCCACGGCCCCCUGUGGCUCUUCAAGGCCACGUGCCCGCGCGACUACAGCUAUGCCUGUGAGGAUGGGAGCGUCUACAAUGGCGUCCUCGUCCUCUCGCAAUAA